AUGGUUCAAUUAAGUGAUAUGUCUUUAGUAGAAGUAACCAGUAAGCCAGGCAAGUCAAAGAAAUGUGGUUGCGGUGCAAUGAUUUAUGCAAAGCCCUUUCCUGAAGGAAAUUGGUUUCUGAGCAAAGUAGUUUUGGAGCACACGAACCACAAUCCUAAGCCUAGCAAAUGGAAGGACAUAAAGAAGUAUAAGGAGGUAUUACCAGAUUUGGAGAGGAGAAUGUUUGCUAAAAGAAAGUUGCACAAUUAUCUGGCAAAUGAGAAAGAUGCAUCUGAUAAUGUAACAUCUAGAGAAACUGACAUGAGCUAUGCUACGGCUACAAUGGGGGAAAGAAGAUCGAAGCUUAAGGAUGGAGAUGAAGAUGCAAUCUUCUGUUUUGUCAUGAGAAUGCAAUGCGGUAGCCAGAACUUCUCCCAUUUUAUUAGGCAUGAUGACUAUGGGUGUAUAAAAGAUGUGUUGUGGGUUGAUGCUAGAAGUAAGGCUGCAUAUGAGGAUUUUGGUGAUGUGGUAUAUUUUGAUACAACUUACUUGACAAAUGAGUAUGAUUUGCCACUGGUUAACUUUGUUGGGAUCAAUCAUCAUGGUCAAACAAUCUUGUUGGGAUGUGCAUUGAUCUCACACGAGGAAGAAGAGACAUUUGAGUGGGUGUUUAGAACGUGGCUGCUGUGCAUGGAUGAUAGAGCACCUCAGGUCAUUCUAACUGAUCAAUCUCCCACCAUGAGGAAGGCUUUGGCAACUACGAUGCCAGAGACCAGGCAUGCAUGGUGCUUAUGGUACAUGUUACAGAAGUUUCCUCGGAACUUGGGGUCAGUUCCAAGGUAUCAGCAUUUUAACAAGGAGUUAAAGGAUGCAAUUUGUAACUCCUAUACAGUUGAGGAGUUUGAGAGACAUUGGACAAGUGUGAUCAGUGAGUAUCAGCUUCAGGAAAAUGAAUGGUUACGAUGCUUGUUUCACGAGAAGCAUAUGUGGGUUCCUGCUUACACCAAUCACUUGUUUUUGGCUGGAAUUUGGUCAACUAUGAGGGUGGAGCGGUUUCAAAGUUUUUUUGACGGAUUUGUUGAAAAACACACCACAUUAUGUGAGUUUGUUAAGGGUUAUUGCUUUGCCAUGGAGAAGAGGGUGAGAAUAGAAGAGGAUUCAGAUGAGGACUGUGCACGUCAGGUAAGGGGUUUGGCCACAGCCUAUAUCCCAGAGAUAGUAUUCCAGAAGAUAUACACGGAUGCCAAAUUCAAGAAGUUGCAAAUUGAGUGCCAGGGUGUGGUUUAUUGCCAUAGCCGUGAAAAGAAAACAGUUACAGACACGGAAGUAGAGCAUCUCAUACAAGAUAGAGUAUGGGUUGAGGUGCCUGGAAGAAGUGAAAGGAUCAUAACUGAAGACAGAAGAACUUUCCGAGUGAAGUUUAACACUGUAACAAAUUAUGUUUCAUGUGAAUGCAAGCUAUUUGAGCACAGUGGAAUAUUGUGUAGGCACUGUAUACUUCUGUAUUUCAUGCACGAUUUGCCUAGAAUCCCAGAGAAAUACAUUCUUAGACGCUGGCGGAAGGACAUACAUAGGAAGCAUUCAAGGACUAAGGUUGCAUACUAUGAUCCUUCUAGCACACUAGAAUUGAAAAGGUAUCAUAAGAUGCAAGUGGCAUUCGAGGAUGUUUGCAGCAAAGCAAUGGAGUGUGACAAGACACUUGGCAUUGUGAUGCAACUAAUCACUGAGAUGAAGUUAAGAGUUGCAGAAUGUUUAGGGCAGAACUACGUAGACAGAUUUAUAGAAUUUAAUGGUAUGGAGACUAAAGAGACCAUGUCUUCUGUUGGGUUCGAGUGUGAGAAUGAUGAUUAG